UCACCCGGGAAUUCCUCGCUUCGAGAUCGGCCUCCAUUACAAAACCCACUUUCCCGCGUUCUUAUUUUCCCGACAAAAAUCUCUAUAAUCUGGUUUCAUUUGUUCUCAGUCCACAUUCAAAGCUCAGAACACUGGAAAGUGGAAACUGACUCUGUUUCACUUUGGUGUCGGAAAUCUCUGUAUUUCUCCCCAUCUCUCUUCGCGUCUGGUUUAGUUUCUUGAAGCUUGACACGAGUGAUGAAAUGGGAGAGGGACCGAAGAUGAUGCCCAAGGCCUUCAAGGGCGCGAACGUGUUCAUGUCUCGGAACCUCGUCCCGCCUGAAAUCUUUGAUGCCCUUCACGAUGCCCUCAAGCAGAACGGAGCAGAAGUCUUUCUCUGCUGCGAUCCCUCGCGGAACGGUCCCAACGAUUAUCACGUUAUCUCUUCGCCCGAUCACGAGAAAUUCGAGGAUCUUAGAGCCAAAGGAUGUAAUUUGCUUGGUCCCCAAUGCAUACUCUUUUGUGCGAAAGAAAAUAGAGGUUUGCCUAAACAAGGCUUCACUUGUUGCCUUGGAAUGGAUGGGGUUAAAAUUCUAGCAUCAGGUUUCGAGAAGGAUGAAAAGGUGAAGAUCGAAAAGCUAGUAACAGCAAUGGGUGGGGUGUUGCAUACUAGGGCAGUGUUGGAUAUUAGCUUUGUUAUUGUAAAGAAUGUUUUGGCUGCAAAGUACAAGUGGGCUUCAAGCAUUCUAAAGAAACCAAUUGUCACCAUUAAUUGGUUGUAUCAAUGCUGGAGUGAGCACCGUGUUGUGCCUCAGGAUCCCUAUAGGGUUCCUCCUUUUUCUGGGUUGACCAUUAGUGCUACCAGAAUCCCACCAGAUGAGCGGAAGGAGAUUGAAAAGCUUAUAUUGCAGAAUGGUGGGAAAUAUUCUCCUGAUCUAACCAGAAAUUGUACACAUUUAGUUGCUGAUGCUCCUGAAGGUGACAAAUACAUGGUUGCACGAAAAUGGGGUUGCAUUCAUAUUGUAACCAAGAAAUGGGUUGUUCAAUCGGUUGCUAGAAGAGCAUGCCUCGAUGAGGAGUCCUAUACUGUUCAGGGAACUGUUUCUUCGAGCAAUACUGUGAGAGUUGGUUUAAAGGGGAAGAACAUCCAAGAGAAGGGUGACAGAAGUUUUCAACCUUUCCCAUCUUCAGUUAUUGCAGAUACAAAUUUGCAGUCUGUCAAGUCUUCUGUGACUGGAGAUCUUAAUUUAGAAAUGAGCUUCUCCCAGAACAUGUCUUCAUCAUUUUCUGAUGCUACUAUCUUUAGCAAAGAGGAGAGUGUAAAACCUUGCUUGCAACCUGAUAAUGAAAGAAAGUUCGAUGGUUGUAUUGCCGAUGACUCUCAAACUGAAGGUGAUGAUUUGUACUUGUCAGAUUGCAGAAUAUCAUUUGUUGGAUUCCAGCCAGAUGAAAUGCGUAAACUUGUGAAUAUGGUGCGUAGAGGUGGGGGCUCUCGACAUAUGUCCUUAAAUGAAAAGUUGACACACAUAAUUGUGGGAACACCUACGGAGAAUGAAAAGAAGGAAGUGAGGCGCCUUGUAGCUUUGGGUGUCAUUUAUGCGGUUAGAACUGCCUGGCUAGAAGAUUGUGAUCGAGAAAGAAAAGAAGUUCCUGUGUCCCAGAGGCAUGCUGCUUAUGAUUUAAUACUUCCAAAAGAUUCUAUAUGCUCUAAUAAAGUAGCGGUUAUAGGCACUUCUGGUUUGAAGCAAGGGAAAAAUGUUUCCAGCAUGUCAACUGGUGGUCAAGUAUUUGGGGAUGUGAACUUUGAAGCCGGGAAGUUGGAAAAAGGAAUAACACUAGAAACAGAGCUAAAACAUGACUCUUCUUUGGAAGUAGUCAAGGAAGCUGAACAGAAAAGUGUGAUUUAUGCUGUAAAAGAUGAGGGAAAGGGUCAACAGAAAUUGCAACAUGAUUCUACCACAUUGGCCGCUAAGAAUGGAAGAACAUCAACUAUAUUCCAGGGUCGACUAUUUUGCUUUUCAAAUUCUUUUCCAAAAGAUCGGAGAGCUGAAAUCAUUGAAUGGAUUAACCAAGGGGGAGGAGUAAUAGUUGAUGACCAGGUUAAGAAAAAAGUGCAUUUUUCCAUUGAAUGUCAUGGUUUGAUGCAGAGGCAUGAUGAUAGUUCUGAGUCUACCAUUGUUUCUAGCCACUGGAUAAGAUCCUGUCUAGAGGAUGGAUGCAUGCUAGACGUUAAUGGUCAUAUUCUGUAUUCACCACUUCCCUGCCGAGUUCCUUUGCCUGGAUUUGAAAGUUUAAGGUUCUGUGUCUCCCAGUAUGAAGAAAAAGAAAGGCAGUUAUUAAGAAAUCUGUGCUUUGUUCUUGGAGCUAAAUUCACAGAAAAACUGAAUAAAAAGGUUACCCAUUUAAUAUGUAAGUUCACCAGUGGCCCGAAGUAUGAGGCUGCUUGUAAAUGGGGUAUACAAUCAGUUACUUCAGAGUGGAUUUGUGAGUGUGUCAGGCAGGAUAAGGUUGUUCCUCCAGAUCCAUUUUGUCCAAAAGAAGUUACUGCUCAAGACCGAGAGGCCGGGCUUUGCACAAUGAGUCAGUAUCCUACACAAGCAGCUUGUAUGAUUUCUGGUGAUGUCUCAUCUCAGUUACCAAGUCAAUCCCAAGUCAUGACAAAAUUGUCAAGUUACAAGUUCUGUGACAGAAGUGAUGACUCAAGUGACAAGGGAAAAGGUUCAACCUUUUCCUGCAAAAGGGCAAGGUUUUUGGGUGAUAACAGUGCCAUUGAUAUAACUUCUGCGAAAGCCCAUCUAGAUACUCCAGUUGGCAAAAUGGAUUCCAUAGGAAACAGCAUACCAGAAGAUACUGGCGAAGCUUCUUAUGCUCUUCCUGAUGUUGCUGCAGCUAUCGAGGAUUUGGUAGCAGAAGCUAGCAAGAUUCAAGAUAUAAAGUCACAGGAGAGCACUGCAUGCGACCGAAGUCUUUUCUCACCUGAAGGGUCUAUCCUUGGUCAGGACCAUACAGAUUCUCGUUCUGCCUUUGAUGUAUCUAUGAACUGGUCAAACAGGAUGGAGAGACAAGAUAGCUUUUGCACUCCUGGGCAAGACAACAUUAAAAAAAGCACUUAUGAUGGAUUUAGUGAAACACAAACUGAUUCUCAGGUUGUUGGUUAUGAAGAAGAUCUAUCAGGUAGACAAAUGCUAAUCGACAGAGUUCGAAUACGGAGCAGCCUUACUUGAAAUAAAAGAGAAAAAGCAUAUUAAAAGGUAAAUGCAUGUUCAGUGACCUGAACUCAUGAAAAAUGAAGCAGAAACAACCUAAGAUCAGCACCCUAUUUGCAUUAACAAAUGGAAGUUCAGACUACAAGUUCAAGCUCGGGCGAAGAGAAUUUCUCCAUUUGCUGCAAUUGAAGUCUUAACAAUGACAAGGCAAUGCUAUAGACUAGUAGCUUAGCUCUAUGCAUUAAACCAUUUUUUUCGUGUACAUUAAACCAUACUGCUGAAUGUCAAACAUUUUUGCAAACUAUAUUGUACAACCUCAAYUCUUGACAAACUUUUCCGCAUGUAAGUUCAACCACAAUACCAAAUGUCAUACGAUUAAUUGAAUUGACAUUUGCGUAGUAUCUUUUAGAAGUAAGCUACAAAAUUUUUCACAGUUGUGACUC